CGAUGGGGGGAUGACCUCAGCGGUCUCUGCCACGUUCCAGCCAAUCAGUCCCGCAUCUUGGCAUCCGAAUCCAGGACCCCCGAAGCCGGAGGCGACGCGAGCCAAUGAGGAGUGGACUGGGGAAGAAGGACAGGCGGCCAGCCUAUGGGGGCGGAGAGGCCCGGCUGCGCGUAUCCAAGGAGCGCCCGGCUCCGGCUCGGGGGUGUGGCGCGCCGCCGGCGGGGGUGGGCGGGCGCGCCGGGCGGCAGGUGUCGGCGGCGUCGGCAUUUGGCGGCGAUGGAGCGGCCCGGGGGAGCUGUGGACUGCCUCUCGCGCUGGCCCCACGGCCUCGGCCUCCUCCUACUCCUCCUCCUCCAGCUGCUGCCGCGGGCGACCCUCGGCCAGGACCGGCUGGACGCGCCGCCGCCGCCCGCUGCGCCGCUGUCGCGCUGGUCCGGCCCCGUCGGGGUGAGCUGGGGGCUGCGCGCGGCCGCGCCCGGGGGCCCGGUUCCCCGCAGCGGCCGUUGGCGCCGCAGCGCGCUCGAGGAGGAUCAGGACUGCGGCCGGGUCCGGGACUUCGUCGCCAAGCUGGCCAACAACACGCACCAGCAUGUGUUUGAUGAUCUCAGUGUCUCAGUAUCCUUGUCCUGGGUUGGCGAUGGCACUGGGAUCAUUCUAGUCUUGACUACCUUCCAUGUACCACUGGUAAUUAUGACUUUCGGACAGUCCAAGCUAUAUCGAAGUGAGGACUAUGGAAAGAACUUUAAGGAUAUUACACAUCUCAUCAAUAACACCUUCAUUCGGACUGAGUUUGGCAUGGCUAUUGGUCCUGAGAAUUCUGGAAAGGUGAUUUUAACAGCAGAGGUAUCUGGAGGAAGUCAUGGAGGAAGAAUCUUCAGAUCAUCAGAUUUUGCCAAGAACUUUGUUCAGACCAAUCUCCCUUUCCAUCCUCUGACUCAGAUGAUGUAUAGCCCUCAGAAUUCUGAUUAUCUUUUAGCUCUCAGCACUGAAAAUGGCCUGUGGGUGUCCAAGGAUUUUGGGGGAAAAUGGGAAGAAAUCCACAAAGCAGUGUGUUUGGCCAAAUGGGGAUCAGAAAACACCAUCUUCUUUACCACCUAUGCGAACGGCUCCUGCAAAGCUGACCUUGGGGCUCUGGAAUUAUGGAGAACAUCAGACUUGGGGAAAAGCUUCAAAACCAUUGGUGUGAAAAUCUACUCAUUUGGUCUUGGGGGACGUUUCCUUUUUGCCUCUGUGAUGGCUGAUAAGGAUGCAACAAGAAGGAUUCAUGUGUCAACAGAUCAAGGGGACACAUGGAGCAUGGCCCAGCUACCUUCUGUGGGGCAGGAACAAUUCUAUUCUAUUCUAGCAGCUAAUGAUGACAUGGUGUUCAUGCAUGUAGAUGAACCCGGAGAUACCGGAUUUGGCACAAUCUUUACCUCAGACGAUCGAGGUGUUGUCUAUUCCAAGUCCUUAGACCGACAUCUGUACACCACCACAGGGGGUGAGACAGACUUCACCAAUGUGACCUCCCUCCGUGGGGUCUACAUAACAAGUGUGCUCUCAGAAGAUAAUUCUAUCCAGACUAUGAUCACUUUUGACCAAGGAGGAAGAUGGAAGCACCUGAGGAAGCCUGAAAACAGUGAAUGCGAUGCUACAGCAAAAAACAAGAAUGAGUGCAGCCUUCAUAUUCACGCUUCCUACAGCAUCUCCCAGAAGCUAAACGUUCCAAUGGCCCCACUCUCAGAGCCUAAGGCCGUCGGCAUAGUCAUUGCCCACGGUAGUGUAGGGGAUGCCAUCUCAGUGAUGAUCCCGGAUGUGUACAUAUCAGAUGAUGGGGGUUACUCCUGGGCGAAGAUGCUGGAAGGACCCCACUAUUACACCAUCCUGGAUUCCGGAGGCAUCAUUGUGGCCAUUGAGCACAGCAGCCGCCCUAUCAAUGUGAUUAAGUUCUCCACAGACGAGGGUCAGUGCUGGCAAACCUACACGUUCACCAGGGAGCCCAUCUACUUUACCGGCCUGGCCUCAGAACCUGGAGCUCGGUCCAUGAAUAUCAGCAUUUGGGGUUUCACAGAAUCUUUCCUGACUCGCCAGUGGGUCUCCUACACCAUUGAUUUUAAAGAUGUCCUUGAAAGGAACUGUGAGGAGAAGGACUAUACCAUAUGGCUGGCUCACUCCGCAGACCCUGGAGAUUAUGGAGACGGCUGCAUCUUGGGCUACAAGGAACAGUACCUGCGGCUUCGCAAGUCGUCCGUCUGCCAGAACGGUCGGGACUACGUGGUGACCAAGCAGCCGUCCGUCUGUCCCUGCUCCCUGGAGGACUUCCUCUGUGAUUUUGGCUACUUCCGUCCAGAAAAUGACUCCAAAUGUGUGGAACAGCCAGAACUGAAGGGCCACGAUCUGGAAUUUUGUCUGUACGGCAGAGAGGAGCACCUGACAACAAAUGGGUACCGAAAAAUUCCAGGAGACAGAUGCCAAGGUGGUGUGAAUCCAGUCCGAGAAGUAAAAGACUUGAAAAAGAAAUGCACAAGCAACUUUUUGAGUCCUGAAAAGCAGAACUCCAAGUCAAACUCUGUUCCAAUCAUCCUGGCCACCGUGGGAUUGAUGCUGGUCACAGUCGUAGCAGGGGUGCUCAUUGUGAAGAAGUACGUCUGUGGCGGAAGGUUCCUGGUGCAUCGCUACUCCGUGCUGCAGCAGCACGCAGAGGCCAACGGUGUGGAUGGUGUGGAUGCCCUGGACACGCCCUCCCGCACUCAUAAGAGUGGUUAUCACGACGACUCAGAUGAGGACCUCCUGGAAUAGCUCCUCAAAGGAGCUGGGACCGAGCACAGAUGAUGGAACCGCAGUACCUCUCACACGCCCGACUUGGGGGAAUAAAUUUCCCGUUGCGAGGGACCCAGCUCUGUUUCUGCUGCUUCCACCAAAGCCAAAAGGAUCUGCGCUAAAGAAAUGCAGGGGGGGUGGGGACCCUAAACACUCUCACGAUUGGCUCUGAGAAGGGGGGGGAUACUAAAUUCUUUAAUUUUUUAUUUCAAGUUCUGUCUUUUUGCAAAGUAUGGGUUCUUUUGGUUUUGUUUUUGUUUAGUAAGGGAAAUGAAAUGGGAUUGGAAGGGAACUUUUCACUAACCGCCCCCCCCCUUGCAUGUUUUGCAUGGCGCCUUCCCCCAGGGCCCCAGGGCACCUGCCAACCCCAACAUCAGCUCUCACAAAGUACUCGGUGCUGUCCCCGGGCUCUGCUGGCGAUGCGAAGCAGCCGCUGAGAGGGACUCGACAGGGACUCGGGGCUGCAAUGACUGGCCUGGCCUGGCGGCCUUUCCGCGGCCAGGGCCAGCCCUGCCCUGAGAACGCUGCACGCCAGCCCCCUCACACAUACGCCACCUUUGCUUGCUUGCUUUUUGGGGGACCAUAGACCACAGUGGUGUCUCUUCCCCUCCACCUCUGUUUAAUUAGGCAAUACCCUUGUUAAUUGCCCUUUGGCAACUGACUUAACCAUGUGCUUCCAAGACACUAAAUCAGGAAAACUUAAAGGGCAAUAUUUUUAACUUGGGGCAGGAAGAAGGGAGCAGCAGGGACUUGACUAGAUUUAGCAACUAUUAAAGGACAAAUUCUUGCUUCUUCCAAGAUCUUUCCAGCCGUGCUUCAUGUUUGUGCCAGUGGACUUGCUCAAGGACAGGGUUAGGGCUUGCCCUGGAUGUCUGCCCAGGCUGAGUGGUCUCUCUGCUGGAGCCAAGGGAGGGUGCCCGUGGUGGCCCCUGAGGACCGAACAUCACAGUCUUCCAUGUCCUCUGCCACCUGUGGGCACAGUGGUGAAUCCUUAGGACGGCCGCUUACUUGCUUGCUUCCCCUUGGACUGCUGUUGCACGCCGAGCCAGGACUAGACAUGUUUUCAGAUUUAUAGGCUGUUUUUUAAAAAUCAGGAUUUUAUUACCAGGCUCUCCUCCUCACCCAUUUUUCCCAGCUUGGCCAAGGAAUUUGUUGGCAUGAAACUUUUGGCGGAACCAACUGAAAACACACGUCCAGUGUAGGUGAUGUUUUACGUGAUGCAUUAAGUUCAUACUUUAAAUUUAAGGAAGUUUUCCAUUGGACAUUCUUUCAAGUCAACAACAGAAUGUGGUGAGGUCGAUUUUGGGGGGGCCACACAGUAAUGGAAAGCUACAAUAAUUCGUUUUAAUACAGCUUGAACAUUUGCUAUCCAGGAAUAUAGUAUAGUACAUUUUUGGUCUUAGCAUCCCUACUGUGCUGGCCACAGAUUCUCCCAGUGAUUAUGAUUGGGACAUUCUUUGGUAACUGCCAUUUUGCUGCUAGUUCAUUUUAUGGUGAUAAAGUCAUGAAAAAGUAAACGUGCCAAAUCAACUUUUGUCAGAAUGCGUGAGCAGAUGGCUGCGUUCUCUCCUCCCCAGAAUGGAUUAAGCAGCAGCAGGGAAAGUGGGAGAGGGGGUGGAUGGAGAAGGUUAGAGACUUCAAAGCUUGCAGCAGAACUAAAUGAGUCAGGGAGCUUCAGUUGGGAAAUAAAGCUAGGACAGUUUUUGUGAAGAGAAUUCGUAUUUGUUCGAGCCAGAGAGCACUGGUCUUUUGGGAAAAAGACCAUUUUCCCGAAAGUGCUCAUUCAUUUGGCAGAGUUUUUAAAUUUAAAAAAAUUCCAAAGAUAGACCAGCUCACAGAUGAUAAAGCCUCAGUCUUUCUCCUGGACACCCUCACCUCCUGCCCAAAGUGAUUUUGAUGCCCAGCCAAGACCCACUUUGGUGCACUCCUUCUCCCGGGGUAGGUGUGCCCGUAUGUGGUCAUUCUCUGAUUUGUUUUAGGAUGCAGGAAAGUUAAUCUUCUUCUCUAAUAAGGUGAGAGCGCUGUGCUUCUAAGGGUAUCUGGGAUUUCUGUAGAACUUGGCAGUUUUCCGAGCACUUUCUCUUGGCAUUAUGUCCCUGGAAACUUACAACAUUCUCGAUGAGACUUUCUCUUUGAAGGCAGGGGUUUGUCAUCCCCAUUUUUCAGGAGACGGAGCUGAGGUACAAAAAGUGAGUAAAUUGUCCAGGUCCCUGUGUGCAUCGUGAGCAGUGCUGGUCGGCUGUCUUCAGAGCUUUUCAACGUUUUUAUGCGUGCAGGUGCUGCGGGCCUGGAGCAGGCAGGGCUCCUUGCGUACGGAGGCCUCGCUGUCCUUUAGGAAGGGGUCGGUGGCAUCUCUGUGGGAGCAGUAGGGAGCACCUCUUUGCCACUGUGGUAAACAGAAAAUUUUAUUCUCCUUUUUUUUCAUGGCUGAAAAAGAAAAAUUAAUGGUAAUUUUGAAUAUGUGUUUAGAAACUGCCCCUCUCCUGGUUGCAGGAGUGAGCUCUCCCUUGAUGAGCCACCCUUCUCCCUUCUUGUUUUCUCGUCCCCGUCUGGCUUGCUGGCUGGCUCGGUUGUUUGGAGGACUGCUAACAAGCCUGGCUUCCCCACUUCAUUGGCUAGUUAGUUUCCUGUCUCUGCCCGCUCACUCACAAACGUACGCCCUCAGCCGGAGAGUAUAACCACCUAAAUCCAUGACAGCUUCGAAGAGAAAACAAUCUUUAAUUUGUCCUACUGACGUUAGGUUAGGAGCCUUAUCUUUGAAAGUAAAGUGUAGCUUAUCAUUGUAUAAAACCUCAGGCUUGAUGGUAGGAGAAGAGACGAUUUCUGGAGGUCUUAGCGAUAAGAUUGAGCGUUGUACGAUACGUUGGACAUAGCCGUCUACAGUGAUCUGAGCUUUUAGAUCCAGGCAGAGAACUCACCAUCCCUCACCUGUGACAGGCGUCUUGGACCUACAGGGGCUUUCGGUUUUUAAUGACUCUAGAGGCCAGGGGUACAUGCACCUGGGCUGGUAUUUGAAUGGGGGCACCACUUAGGAGAAGAAAAACGUCUGGAGGGUUCUGGCUAUUCUAAGCUGGGCUCAGGAGAUUGAAUAGAUUAGCUAUAACUGAAAUUUAGAAUUUGACAUCUGCCUCUGAGUAGGCUUUCCGGUGUAUACCUCUCUAAUUCCUGGGUUUGCCUCUGGGCCUCUCCAUGCCCAAGCUGGCCUUUCGUUCCUGACACCUUAGUACCAGGCUGGCCAGCUCCAGCCCCUGCGCUGGCUCUCUAAACCACAGCUGGUUCUCCCGUGGCCUUGGUCACAGGGCCAGGAUACAGAGAGGAGUGCAGGGUGGCGGGGCUGGCCGAAGUUUCAGUCAGUUUUCUAUGUUCUAGGCCAAUCCUCCAAGUAGAGAGGUCCUUUUAUCCUUCGGGAGAGCCCUAAAGAACCCUGCCUCUAUAUGCAGUGGUUUGGAGCUCUUCCUGCUCAUUGUUGGUACAUCCUCCUCGCCCCAUAUGAAGCCUGGAUACUUGGAACUGCUAAAAUCGGAGAUUCAGCUUUUCAACUUUGCUACUUAUCUGGCCUCAAGCAGGGAGGUAAACAUGGACUUAAAUGUCCUUUGAACCAAACCAAAGUGUAAGAUGUGCCGCAUGACAGAGUGCUAGGGAGGGCCAGACCUUCAGCGCUGGCCUUCAGCAGGUGCCAGACAUUCUGUUUCAUCUGCCACCCGUGUGCCCAGCAGCUCUGGGAGCACCGCCCUGCCUGAGCAGCGCCGGGCCUUGCACUCAUGGAGGCCAACUGACGGAGCAGGAGCAUGUUGAUUCCUUGGUUAUGUUGCAUUAUAACAGUAAGAGUCAGAACAUUAAUUUGAAACUGUCUUCAACAACUUGCUGUAUGCAUUUUUUCACACCAGUACAUUCUUAAGCAUCCUUGUUUAUAUAGAAUAACAUAAACUAAUCUGUACCUUUAUAUAUAUAUGUACAUAUAUACAUGUAUAAUCUGUAUAGUGUACAUGUUAAUGAUUUAUUGAUAUGUCCCAAAUCUUUCAUGCAGCCCUCAUCCUCCGCAUGCCCUCGGUUUGUGGUCGGGUGACUUGAAUGUUCCCCGAGGAUCCUGCCCACCUCCCGUGUUUGGACGUCUAGGGAAGGAGGGUUUUGGUCGUACCCUCAUCCUCAUGCACAGAAAUGCUCAGGGUCCCCAUGUGCCUGUUGUUCAGCCCUCUCUUGUCUCUCGUUCCCUUUCUGAGCAUGUGGUCCCUCCCUGCCCUGUAACUUCUCUGCCCCUCCCCCAGCUGUGGGACAGCUGCCUUCCUACUGAAGUGUAAAGCAGUACUAACAUCAUUACUGCAUGUGCGCUAAAAACCCAAGUCUUCUGUUCCCCUGGGACAGAACAUUGCAUGUGGGGUGGGAUAAUCAAGUUUCAGUGACCCAUGUCAGUUACACAACAAAGCCAGAUCCCAUAGCAAAAUUCCACAAAAUGGAAAUCACACUUAAAUUUCUUUAUUAGCAUUGUGUAAAUAAAUCUGGAUGUGUUUAACUUUGUACUGGUAAUUUUCUGUAUAUUUGCAAUAUUUGGGUUAGAAAUAAAACAGACUGGACUUUGUUACCUGA